AUGUGGCUGCCGCGCCCGUUCACGUGUGGCUCAAGCUCUGGCUCGAAGCAUCCUGUCUUAAGUUUGGAGGGAAACCCAUCCCCCCGCCCAACGGCUUAUAUUCCAUUCCUUUUCACGCCACACUCUGCGGUGGUGCCCACCAUGAGCGCGUGCCGCGUCGCGUCCUUCGUGUCGGGGCCCGUGAUCCGCUGCGCCCUGCUCGGCCUCCUCGUCUCCGCGCUGCUGACCGCGGCCUGCCUCUCCGCCUCCGGCGGGGACGCGGGCCAGAAGGUGGCCGCGGCGCUCGAGGAGACGUGGCUGGUCGUGGCCCUGCUCGUCGUCCACCUCGUGGUCUCCCGGCUCCGCGGCGACGCCCCCCCGAAGCCGCACAAGAAGAAGGCGGGCGCCGCCCCCGAGGGGCGCGGCCGCGAGGCCGCCCUCGCCCCCGCGCCCGGCGGGGCGGCGGCGCGCGGCGCCCCCUCGGGGGACGACGCGCUCCGCGCGGAGGCCAUCGGGAAGCUCACCACGAGGGUCCGCGCCCAGGUGAAGGCGGGCGACAUGGCGGGCGCCGAGGAGUCGAUGCGGGAGAUGCGCGAGGUCGGCGGUGCGCCGGGGCGCCUGCGCAGGCCCUGCUGGGCGGUGGCGUUCGGGGAGGUGGUGGGCGGCUACGUCCGCGAGGGCAGCGCCGCGAAGGCGAGCGAGUGGCUCGGCGAGUUCGCGGCGUGCGUGCCCGCCAUCCGUCCCAGCACCGCGUGCGUGAACUCGGUGAUCGUCGCCCUGUGCGCGAGCGGCGACCCGGCCUCCGCGGAGGCCUGGGUCGAGAGGAUGCCCGAGAUCGGGAUCCGGGUGGGCGAGGACACGUUCUCCAGCCUCAUCAGCGGCUGCGUGCGGGCGGGCGACGUGCCCCGCGGCAUCCGCUGGCUCCGUGAGAUGCGGAAGGCGAAGCUGCGCCCGAGCGCCGAGCUGAACUCGCUGAUGGUGCAGGCGUGCGCGGGGGACUGCUAG